AUGUUCGACGCCAUUUUUAUUCAACUUAUUCUGUCCACACUGUCAUUUUCCCGCCUAUUCAUAUCUAUCUAUCUAUCUAUCUAUCUAUCUAUCUAUCUAUCUAUCUUCGCUGGUUUAUAUCUAUCUAUCUAUCUAUCUAUCUAUCUAUAUAUCUAUCUAUCUAUGUUGGGUGAUUCAUAUCUAUCUAUCUUGGCUGGUUUAUAUCUAUCUAUCUUGGCUUGUUCACAUCUAUCUAUCUAUCUAUCUAUGUUGGGUGAUUCAUAUCUAUCUACCUUGGCUGGUUUAUAUAUGUCUAUCUUGGCUUGUUCACAUCUAUCUAUCUAUCUAUCUAUCUAUCUAUCUAUCUAUCUAUCUAUCUAUCUAUCUAUUUUCGCUAUCUAUCUAUCUAUCUAUCUAUCUAUUUAUAUCUAUCUAUCUAUGGUUUCUAUCUAUCUAUCUAUCUAUCUAUUUAUCUAUCUAUGUUGGGUGAUUCAUAUCUAUCUAUCUUGGCUGGUUUAUAUCUAUCUAUCUUGGCUUGUUCACAUCUAUCUAUCUAUGUUGGGUGAUUCAUAUCUAUCUAUCUAUCUAUCUUGGCUGGUUUAUAUCUGUCUAUCUUGGCUUGUUCACAUCUAUCUAUCUAUCUAUCUAUUUCUGGUCCUGGAGGAAGAUGACAAUCUAUCUAUCUAUCUAUCUAUCUAUCUAUGGGGAAACGAUAUAUAA